CCUACCGCCAUUGCUCACUUCCGGAGAAAACGAAAACGUAAAAACAAUGGCAUCACAUUUUAGAGACAGUUCCCCUUUGGACUGCAAAGUAUACGUGGGAGAUCUUGGUACAAAUGGCACAAAACAUGAGAUAGAAAGGGCUUUUAGUUACUAUGGCCCAUUACGCAAUGUCUGGGUUGCAAGGAACCCGCCUGGUUUUGCAUUUGUGGAGUUUGAAGACCCAAGAGAUGCAAGUGAUGCUUGUAGAGGCUUAGAUAAAACCAAAUUAUGUGGCGUUGAGAUUCGAGCUGAACUCUCCUCUGGCAAAAGCCGAUGGGCAAAGUGGGGUCGUCCACCACCACGCCGAUCAUUCUCUGAGGAACGUUGCUACGAAUGUGGCAAACGUGGACACUUUGCCAGAGAUUGUUACUAUGCCCGAGGAGGAGGUGGUGGUGGUAGUGGUAGCGGGGGUGGGGGUGGUCCUCCUUAUGGGAGAAGCCGUGGAUAUAGUAGUAGAAGACGAUCAAGAUCUCGUUCUCGAUCCCGAUCGCCAUAUAGGAGGAAUCACAGUCGGAGCAGAAGUCGUAGCAGAAGCCGUAGCCCAAGUCGUGAUUGAAGUCCUGGAAAAUAAAGAACCAUGUUAGCACCAUUUUCACUUAAAUGGGAUGGUCACUAGACAAAACAAAAAAAAUGUUGUUUUUAUUGGUGUU